AUGUCUGGCCAGAGAACUGCCAAACAUUUUAUUAACGAUGUCCGGAAUCCCGUGCAAGCUUCACUCAUCGCCGCUGCCCGUAGUGCAGAGGGAUUGCGAGUACUACCUAAGGAACAAGUACUUUACAGACAACUCCCGGAAGGGCAUCGAAAAGUGAUCCUCCUUUCAGGGGGCGGAUCAGGCCAUGAGCCAGCUCACACUGGCUAUGUGGGCGACGGUAUGCUUGAUGUCGUCGUUGCGGGCAAUAUUUUUGCAUCACCAUCUGCUUCUCAGAUUCUAGCGGGUGUCCAGUCAGUAGAUGCGCCUCAAGGAAUUCUUAUGAUUGUCAAGAACUACACGGGCGACAAACUUAAUUUUGGAUUAGCGGCUAUCAAGGCCAGAGCUUCAGGACUUAAUGUGGAAGUUGUCGUGGUAGGAGAUGAUGUUUCGGUCGCUAAUAACCCAACAGUGGGCAGACGGGGGCUUGCUGGUGUGGUCUUCGUACACAAAGUCGCCGGUGCCCUAGCUGCAAAGGGAGCUGACCUGUCAAUUGUUACAAACGUUGCGAACAAGACUGCAAAUCAAAUAGCAACCGCAGCCGUGAGUUUGGAUAGAUGUAGCGUACCGAAACGUGCGCCGAUCGAGCCUUUACCGUUCGAUGAAGUGGAAUUUGGGAUGGGCAUCCAUAACGAACCCGGCGUAACUCGAUCCAAGCUUCAAUCCGUCGAAGUGACUGUCUCGACUUUGCUAGACAUUCUACUCGCCUCAAAGCCAGAUAGCUGGUACCCUUCUCAAGCGCAGCCUGUUGCAGUAAUGGUGAAUAAUCUGGGUGGCCUCAGUCCUCUGGAAAUUAGCGUGAUUGCAGAAGAGGUACAUCGUCAACUAGACCUGAGGUCUAUUAUAGUCAAACGGUUUAUGUUUGGGACAUUCGUCACUGCUCUAGAUGGUCCUGGGUUUUCAAUUACGCUUCUGGGACUGGACGAUGAGAUAUUGUCCCUGCUGGAUGCACCCACUACGGCGCCAGGUUGGCCUAAGUUAAUAUCAACGGGGUUCUAUCCGGAUGUUGUGAUAGUAGAUGAGGAGAAAUUGGAGGAUAAUGUAGUGACGACUUCAUCGCAUGCAGGACCGAAAGUUAUUAAAUCGACGAUAAUUAAUAUCAUUACCAACGUUGCUAACACAACCAGAGAGGAUGAGCCGCUCAUAACUGAGUACGAUACUUUGGCUGGAGAUGGGGAUUGUGGUGAGACACUGCUCAAUGGUAUAAACGGUCUUAUUGAGCUUUCAAAACGUCUUGACACCAACUCCAUCUAUCUAGCUCACAUGUUCAGACAAAUCGCUGUUGUCGCCGAAACUAAAAUGGGCGGUACCUCAGGCGCUAUCUACGCCAUAUUCAUCAACGCAGUAGCGGAAGCACUCGAGAACAUCCAUAUAGACGCAACCUCCAACAAGCAAUCUAUCAGUAAGAUAUUGUCCACAGCACUCCGUAAGGGAUUAGAGGAUCUCUUCAAGUUUACAACGGCGCGAGAAGGGCACAGGACAUUGAUGGAUGUGCUCAUUCCAUUUGUGACGACUUUCAACCAGACGAAUCAAGAUUUUGAGGUUGCCUUCGAGGCAGCAAAACAAGGUUGUGAGAAGACUAAGGUGAUGGAAGCGUUAUUGGGAAGAGCAAGUUAUGUUGGGAAGAGCCGUUUUGAGUAUUCUCAGGGGUAUUAA